ACAAGCACUAUGUUUAUUUCCGCUUCCUUGACGGCAUGUGGUCUUUAUCGUGUGUAUUGAAUAAGAAAAUUUGAUUUCUGAGAGAAAUAUUAAUGCAGGAGAUAUAUCGUUAUUAGAGGGAAAACUUUGAUUGUGUAGGUCUACAAACGAUCCCAGGCGUAAAGGAGACAAAGAACAAGAACAUAGGAGAUACUGCUCCACCAUGGCGCUCUCUCAGGUUGAAAGCUACGUGGGUAUGUCAGACAUAUCGUCUCCGGACGAGUUCGGUCGCGAGUCGGCCUCCAAACGCUCGCGCAGCGCCUCACCCGAGGACGACGCGCGUGGCCGGUCGUCACACAGGUCCUCCAAGAAGAAGAAGAAGCACCACCACCGCUCCAAGAGUCACAAACAUAAACACUCCAGCAGCAAACACAAGAAACACAAGCGGGACCGGCACAGACGUGACCGGGAUCGGGACCGCUCGCGGUCCUCGGCGUCCCCGCGGCACAGCGACGGCGAGCGGGCCGGCUCGCCCGCGCCGGUCCCCGCGCCGGUCCCCGCGCCGGUCCCCGCCCCGGUCCCCGCGCCUGUGCCGGCACCGGCCGUGUCGAACGGCGCGCCGCAGCCGGUGCCGCCUCCGGCGCCGGUCAUCCGUCUGGUGGACGUGGAGGACUCGUCAGACGAGGAGGCGCGCCGGCGCGGACCCUCCAUGCCGCUCAGCAAUGAGGACACCAUGGACGCCACCGCGCCGCUCGAGGACACACUCGACCUUGACGACCUCAUGCACCAGAAGGCGCUGCUGCAGGCCCGGCUGGACGAGGUGUUCACCGAGGUGCGAGAGGAGCUGGCGCAGCGGCCCGCCGCCCAGAGGCGCGCCGCCGGACAUCAGGAGGUCAUCAACGUCGAGGCCAUGCCGGACGUCAUCGAGUUGAGUGACGACGAGCCGAGCGGUGCGGGCGGCGGCGGCCGGUCGGAGCGGCGCAGGAAGCACAGAUCCAGUGAGAGGGACUCGCACCGGCGAUCGUCCCGUUCGGGCAGAGGGGAGUCCCGGUCACGGCGGGAUGAGUCCAGGUCACACAGAGAUGAGUCCAAGUCACAUCGCGAGGAGUCCAGAUCGCAUCGAGACGAAUCCAGAUCGCACCGCGAAGGCUCUCGGCCGCACCGCGAGGAGUCUCGCUCCAGGAGAGAGGAGCGCCGCCACUCGGAGGGCCGCCGGGACGAGCGGCCAGAGGACCGGGACAGGGACAGGGAGCGGCUGGCCGAACAGCGGCGCCGCGGCCGCGAGCCGGACCGGCGCGGCACCAGUCGCGAGGCCCGCGAGCGCCGCGAGAGCCGCGAGCGUCUGAUGGAGCGGCGGGAGCAGCGGCGACUGGAGGAGGACCGCGACGGCCGCCGGGACCGACGCCGCUCUCGCUCUCGGGACAGGGACCGGCGCCGGCGGCGGGACGACGACGACGACAAGGACAAGUUCAAGGGCAGCCUGUCCGAGGGCCUGCUGGCGCAGAAGGAGGAGGAGAGCGAUGACGAGCUGCUGGAUCUGGAGGUGAACGAAGACGACGACGAGGAGGCGCAGAUCGAGCGCCGCCGCCGCGAGCGGGAGAAGCUGCUGAGGAAGCUGGGCGCCGGCACCGAGGACUCGGCCGCCUCCUGGUCGCACUCGCAGCCGGGCAGCCCGCCGGAGCUGAAGGUGCUCGACAGCCUGAACGCCUCCGCCGCCACCAGUCCCGUGCCCGCCAGCGCGCCUGCCGCCGUUCCGGAGCGGCAGCGGCGGCCCAGCGAACUGGAGCGAGCCGCCGCCAUGGAGGCCGAGCUGCGCGAGGCGGCGCGCAAGAAGAGCCGCGAGGCGGCCCUCAGCGCCGCCACCGACAUAUUCGCCGAGCAUUUCGACAGUCCGGGUGCCGGCGACCAGGCGGUCACUCACUUCACCGACAACCCGCACCUGCGUGACAACUGGGACGACGCAGAGGGCUACUACCGCGUCCGCAUCGGCGAGCUGCUCGACGGACGGUACGCCGUGUACGGCUACACGGGCCAGGGCGUGUUCUCCAACGUGGUCAGAGCCAGAGAUCAGGCGCGCGGCAACCAGGAGGUGGCCGUCAAAAUCAUCCGCAACAACGAGAUCAUGCACAAGACGGGUCUGAAGGAGCUGGAGACGCUGAAGAAGCUCAACGACGCCGACGCCGACGACCGCUACCACUGCCUGCGGCUGUUCAGACACUUUUUCCACAAGUCGCACCUGUGUAUGGUGUUCGAGCCGCUCUCCAUGAACCUGCGGGAGAUUCUGAAGAAGUACGGCAAGCAGAACGGCAAGGAGAUCGGCCUGCACAUGAAGGCAGUGCGCUCGUACGCGCAGCAGAUGUUCCUGGCGCUGCGGCUGCUCCGAAAGUGCAACAUCCUGCACGCCGACAUCAAGCCCGACAACAUUCUGGUGAACGAGAACAAGCUGGUGCUGAAGCUGUGCGACUUCGGAUCGGCGAGCAACGUGGCUGAGAACGAGGUGACGCCCUACCUGGUGUCGCGCUUCUACCGCGGCCCAGAGAUCAUCUUGGGCAUGCGCUACGACUUCGGCGUGGACAUGUGGUCCACGGCCUGCACGCUCUACGAGCUCUACACCGGGCGCAUCAUGUUCGCCGGCAAAACCAACAACCAGAUGCUCAAGUUCUUCAUGGACCUGAAAGGCAAGAUCCCCAACAAGCUGGUGAGGAAGGGUCAGUUCAAGGACCAGCACUUCGAUGGCAACUGCAACUUCCUCUGCCAGGAGGUGGAUAAGGUCACUGAGCGGGAAAAGACGAUCGUGAUGUCGUCGAUUCCUCCGACCCGAGACCUGCUGCAGGAGCUGAUCGGAGUGCAGAACCUCUCCCCCGAACACCUGAAGAAGGUGCACCAGCUGCGCGAGCUCCUCGAGCGCGCGCUCAUGAUGGACUCCAGCAAGCGGAUCUCGCCGUCGGAGGCGCUCCGGCACGCCUUUGUGCAGGAGAGCUUCUAACGGCGCCGGGCGCCGCCGUCUCCACUCGGGUCUAGCUGUGUCCGGGCCGGCUGUGUCCGUGUGUGUGUCUGUGUGUGACUGAGUCUGUGUCUGUCGUUUGGCGCUCUGACCGAGUGUGGCCUCUCUCUCCCUCUGCGUGCAGGUGCUGCAUCGGCAGUGGCCGUCGCCUGCGGUGUAGAGGGGUGCGAAGGUAUACAAAGGCAAAGUGGGCACUACCACACACUGAUACAUCUGUUACACUGUGUGAAUUGUACCAAACGUGUUCUUAUAAUCGCGCGAUUGACUUGUCAGUAGAUGUAAAGCACAGAAGUAAGUGGAAGGUAGUUUGGUGUCAUGUCAUGAAGGCAGUUUGGUGUCAUGAUACAAACAGUAGACUGAUGGCGCACCGGUUUUCUUUGAGCGCCGUGUUUGACUGAGCUACCCCGCUGCUUCUGUAAGAGGCGCGUUUACUGGGUCUAGUGGCGUAUCUCGCCAGUCACCUAUACGGGGAUCGGGCCGUGCCAUCAUCUGCUGUUCAGACCACCAGCUUCCCGUGCCGACAUGUCCUGUAAAUACAUGUCUGUGUUAGCGUGGGCUGAGCCGGACGAUUCUGACACACUUCCCGAUUCGCUAGCGCGUCGCGGGCCGCCAGCUAGCCCGCGCAGCCGCUGCCCGGGAGCGGCGCGGCGCCGUCCCGACUCUGCGCCGGCCGCCGAGCGUCCACCGGUCUAUCUACAGUGUGGCGGCAGCGCAGCCGACGGCGCUCACACGCACAAAGGAAGGGUACCGACAGCGCGGCGCGCCGAGCCGAGAACCACCGUCUCAUGCUUCCGAACGCCGCAGCGAUGGCUUUCUUAAAUGACUAUUCACAAGUCAUUUAAGAAGCUCUUUGCUGAUAGCGGAGGGUUAAAUUGCGUUACACUGACGCAAGCGUUCUCAAAAACGAUUAAUGUAUGUCAGCCCAAAUAUCAGUUUGCAUUGGCAGUCGAAAAUGUCAACGGAAGCAUUCAGGUUGUGGUUCUCUUCCUCUUGGUUUUGUCAGGAUUUCGCCUACACGUUGCAGUGACGGUAACUAAGCCAUCGAAGGCCGGGCUCCUGGCUUCUCUUUAGUCUUUUCUUCAGUGUGUUAUGCAGCAGUGGGCACCGCACUUUGUAUGUGGCCAAGCACCCCUUCCUGCAGCACAAUCCUCUUGUCCCGUAAUCAUCACCCUGCCCCACUGUCGAGCCUCUAUAUCCCUGUCCUUCCUCCCCGGCUCCCGCUCCCCUGUGUGUUCCCGGCUUCCCGAGCUCCCCACCCGCUGCCGGUGGCCCCGUAGACGACAGCUGUCUGUCUGUUCUAACGCUGUUUCAGGUGGGGCCCGAGGCCGGGUCAGCGCGCGAGGACCGCCCACUGAGAGAGCCACCGUCACCCUGCGAGGACCCGGGCCGCCCGUCCCUCCGGGUCAGUGGCUGACGAUUGGUCAGGAGGGUCUGGUUGACAGGUCAGGCAGUUGGGUCAGAGGCGUGGUGGACAGGUCAGGUCGUAGGAGUCUGGUUGACAGGUCAGGCAGUUGGAGUGGAGGCACGGUGGACAGGUCAGCAGAGCUGGAAUAGAGUCACUCUGGUCACCGCAGCGGGGCUCAGCUUCGGGUCACUGCCGUGGGACUGGUGCCGGCCUGUGUAGACCGCUCCCGAAUCGUAGCGGCGACAAACGCAAAUCUGCGGUCACAUGCCGUCCGCUUCAGUAAGGCAGAAUGGCAGCAUCGACGCCUCUGCGAUCGUUUUGCGAGGGAAAGCCAUGCAUUCGACUUUUUGGGAGCGUUGUCCACAUUUUUUUCUUCCACCGAAUCUGUUUUCUUCUUUUAACGUCACUAUACAUUUGUAUGGGACAGUCGUCAAGUUUCAGCCUCCUAUCUCUGACUGAACGAAAUCGUGGGUAUCAUUUAUCUACUAGUGAAGACUUAAAUCGUUUGCCGGUAGGCUAGGCAGAUGUGUGAAAUGAUUCGAUUCAGUGGUUACGGUUAGGUUAUUUUUUUUUACAUCUCCCCGAAAAAAGUCAUCUAUUUGCAUCUCUGUUAAGUGCAACGCUGGUGUCCUUCAUUCUGAGUUGAGUCAGUAUUAUCAGGCUAUAUAGCGCAUCAGCCGCUAUACGCUGUUACUACCGCUAUACGGAGGGGCGCUGUUAUUACCGCCACAUGGUCGGAGCUGGGAGCUUAGGUGAGCUGAGACAUUGAAUUUCAGAGCUCGGGUGAACCGAGACAGGUGAGUUCAGUGCUCAGAGGUGCGAGCUCGGGUGAGCUGAUAGUUAACACAGGUGAGUUCAGUGCUCAGAGGAGGUGAGAGUGUCGCGAGCGGUGAGUCGGCCGUUUGUCUGUCUGUGUGCUCCUGUUGCAGGGACGCUGAUGUUGACAACACCGGGACUUCAGCCACCGGCAGCGAAGGGCGGCGGCGCUCCGGGCCAGGGGCGCGGCCGUCGCCCCGGGCCUCGCUCGGUCGCUCCGGGCCGGGGAGGCGGCCGGCGCUCCGGAACUCGUCGCUCCGGGCCGUCGCCGGCAGUGGUCGCUCUUGUGAUUGAUGGUGCCGUCUGGUGUACCUAACCUGUCUUUCGAUGUGCCUAGAGAAUACAGAGACCUGUUCAGAGAA